UGUUGCGCUCCGUGUUAUGCUGUGUGGAGUCCUGCGGUAAAGCAACCCGAACACAGCAUAUAACAACAAUAUGAAUAGCAUUUCGCAGGUAAUAACAGCUGACCGAAUCAAUAGCAACUAGACCGAAUUUUGCAAACUAAUGAGUGUAGCAACUAGUACUGGCGUAGGGUGUUUCUUUCCUUUUUUCUCACUCUUUCUCUGUCUCUCUCUCUCUCUCUUCUAUUACGAAUGGGGCGAUGGGAGAGGCGCUUGAGGACUAAAGAAACAAUUUUCAACAUUUUCCACAAUAACAGAGAAAUAGCUGAAAAUAACAAGAACAUACCUGCAGCACAUGUAGAUCGCAUCCCAGUGUUUGUGUUUUUUUGUGGCAGUGGUCCGAAAACGAAUCGAUAACUAGGCGCCUCCAUCACUGGUAAACGGGAUGGAAAUGUACAUAGGAAGUUAUAGUUAAAUACCGCAUUGGAUAGGAGAUGGCAAAAAAACCCGUCAAAAGGUAACAAUGCUUGGGAAUGCUUUUUCACCUGCCAGCGCUUAUGCUUCUUGAGAGCGAAGCAGUGUUCAAAUGGCAAGUUCUAUUAUAGCCUGCUUCACUACAGCUAUGUAGGUUUGUGUCUGUUUUGUUUGUAAUGCCGCUUCCGGUUUCCCACACUGACAUACAAGCAGCAAAUGGACAACAGAGUAAUAAGUGUAGGACAUAGGGAUUAGUAGCUAAUAAAAUAGCGUUACCGCUGCAAAUUCACGCACACAGGCCAGGUCAGGUUGACAACACAGCAGAAUGUAAGGUUUGCACCUCUGUUAUCCGUGUUGAAAGGAUCCACGUACUAUGGGUUUCAUUUUCCCCGUGCGCUAGCAAAGUAUGUUUCCACGUUACUAGCAAGCGUUUGUAGAAGAGUGAACCGAUUGUUUCUGUUAUUGCCUUUCCGUGUGUGUCUUUUUUCUCCUGUUGUUGUUGUUGCUGUGUCUGUGUGUUUGUGUGCGCGCAUGUCUGGUUUUUGUCUAUACGCAUUUCUAAUGCGCAACUGUUGCCGCUUAAAAUACACAAUUUCCCAACCCACACCUGACGGUCGGUUAUAACGUCGUCGUUGUUGCUUCUUUUUUCGUUUGUUAGUACUUAACAUUGGUUUCACCUUAAGCUGGCUUUACUGAAAGUGCUUUCUUACUGCAAGGAGAGUAUGCGUGCAUGCGCGCGCGUAUGUAUGUGUGAGUGUGUGUGUGUGUUUGUGGUGUUAAUCGUACGUUACGAGGUGUUACACAAUCACAAAUAAAUAAGUGAGAGCAAAGAGUAAAGGGAAAAUAUAGGGUAUACAUAAUGGUACUCUUAAUCUUAUUGGAGCAUAUUUGCAACAAGAUGCUGGAUCUGGAGGAUGGAUUAAACUUUAGCUAAUCGUUAUCAAAACAAAACAAAACAAACAAACAAACAAAAAAACUAAGUAAAAACAAAAACCAAAAAACAUUAAACACACGUUUCUUCGUCAAACAAAGUAUUCUAUUUGUUAUUCUAGCUAAAACAAAACAAUACAAACACAAAUGCAGUAUGCUUAUGGUUGACCAACAUCGAAGCAGAGUUGGACCCUGCUGGGUCAUACCGGUCAUCAUUGGUGUAGCAUACUGGUACACGUGCAACUCUUCCUCGUUUGGGAGAUUGAAAACAAAACAGACACUUCUACACCGACACUCGCCACAAACACUGAGAUUACACGCCCAGGAACAAACCAAGGACGACGGUAAGCUCAAUUCGUGAAACAUAAUGCAGGUGUGCCCAGGGUGGAAUAUCUUGUUGUGUGUUGUUGAAGAAUAAGAAACAGAAUUAACAAAUAAUUAUUUAAAUAGCAUUUACACCGACACGCAUACAUGUUGCAAAGCGUAAAACAAUAAGCGUGAACAAAAUGUACGUGAAUGGAGAAUAAAGAAGAAAAAAAAGUGUUGCAUUACGUUGAAACAUGGGUUGCAGCUGCAACGUGCGACCCGUGUUUAGAGUAGGACAAAGUAAAGCGAACAAAACAAUGGUCGCUGGAAAAGGAAAGAGAAUAUUGGAAGCUAUAAAACAAGGUGAUAUUUACAUUUAGAUGCGAUCGUAACCCAUAUCAUUACCUUCUUUCCAAACCCUCUCUCCUUCUCAUCCUUCUCCCUCCUCAGGAGCAUAUACAUGUAUUACACAGGCACACCUUCACACCUACACACCAGCACACACACACAGAUACACACACUCACUCAAGCACACAUUGGAUACAUCAGCUGGGAAGUGAGAGACGGAAAGGAUAGCAAACAUUGUUGUUGGAGACCAUAUCGUGCUAUAGUUUGGCCCCAUUUCACACGUGCUAAUUGUAGCGUCCUGUAUGCGGCAUUCGGUUAAAGUAUGGGAUGAACGAAGCGAUAGGAGAGAAAAUAAUAAACAAGCAAACACACAAUAAUUACCAAGUUCUGCAUUCCAUAUACGAAAAAUGGAAAAGGAAAACUGGGCAAGAAAUAUCUAGAGAGAAUUAGAACACGAGAAAGCUUCAAAAGUAAAAUUACAAUCUAAACUUAAAACAAACACUUGCGCCACCUUCACCGUCAUGCUUCUCUUAAGUACAGUUUCACGUAAUGUCUAGCUACAGCGGAGAAAAUAGUAAUGCGUUAAGCCAGCAACACAAAAGAUAAACUAAGUUAAACGAUAAAUUAUGGCAAAAAGAAAUUAUCAAACAAUACCAAUGAGAAGAUCAAGCGCGCGGUAGAAAGACAGAAGCGGAAGAAGAGAAGAGCUAAAAGAAAUAUUCAAACGAUACGCAAUGCGUGAAUCAAAUCGCAAAGUAGUUUAGUGUUAUGUAAAAAAAAAAAUAAAAACAAACAAACAAAUAGAUCUAACGCUAUCACGACAGACACACACAGCAACACACCGUAUGGAUGAGCAAAUACAAAACAAAGAAACACUGUAAACAAAUAAAAACAAAACCCAUGCAUUUGCACGAACAGCAGGUUAGGCAGGUAAACAAAGUUAAGUAAAUGUAUUUAAUAAGCGCGUCUGUAGCACAAUAUUUAACUUUACUGUAACGGAACAGGAAAGCAGGAGGUAAGCAGUUCGCCUAAGGUGGGUAGAAAAAGCUAACAGUGAAAGAAAAUCAAAGCUGAAACGGAAGUCGCUACGAUGUUACAAUAUAGAUCGUUAAUGUUAGCAUGUGUCCAGGGGUAGGCGAAGGAUGCGUUACGAUUAUCUGGGUACAGCUAUCGCAAUCACUAUCCACGAAAAAAGAAAGCGCUACAAUCAUGCAAAUGUAGCAUGAAACAGAUAUGCAAUGCUGUUUAUUCUGGGAUGAAAUGAAGGUUGCGUGUUCGAAACGGAUCACGAUGUCACGCUCGUGUGUUGUUACUUACUUCAAUUGCAAUGCGUGCAAUCUUCUGGCACUGCGUGAGACGCAGUACGUUCCUGUGCGUUAAUCUCUCGUUAGUCUCUUGCGCUGUUUUCGUCCCUGUUCUGCUUUCGUCUUUGCUGAAUCUAAAAAUUGGACAAUUCAAUCGGAAUCUAUUGCACACGUUUUGAGGAAGCGCAACGCAAACAUGAGCAUUAUAAUUCGGGUAAAGGCAUAACGCGAAAAGAGUUAUGUUUAUCUCAAACAACAUUUAUCAACAGAGAAGAACAGCCCAGUGAAGAAUUGAAAGUUAUGGAAUAAUUAAACAAAUAAAAGGAUAAACAUGUGGACUGUAGAGAAUGCGAACGGAACCACGCGUGAAGCACAUACCAUACCAAGCAGAAAUAAAAACCAUUCGUUUGUAAGUGAAGCGAUACUUAAACAAGCGCAAUGAAAGAUAUCUUGUGAAAACUACUGCUUGCAACAAAUUGAACUAGAAAGAAAUUGUUUGAAUUUAAUACAUCUGGCGGCAAAGGUGAAGUAGGAGCGGCAACAGCUGGAGCAGCAUCGGCAGCAUCAAAAUAUACAUAUAAUUGAAAACUAGUAGCACACACAAACACACACGAAGCUAUCGUGAGUAAACUGUAAAUAUGAUGUUUGCGUAAAAGUAAUGCGAAAGUCUCACAUUUGCAACCGCCAUUCGGAUGGAUGUUUAGCGGCAUUCGUCAGAGCUCUAGCAUACGUUGCGCACCACGCGGUGAUCAUGGUAGCAGCAAGAUCAGCAGAAACAAUAAUUCAAACUACUAAUGACCCUUCUCCCCAGCAGUACCAGUCUGGUAAGCGUAUAGGAUAACAAUAAUAUCAACCCAUUAAUAACAGCCAAAACAGCAAACAAUGACGAGGUUGAGAUUGUUCGAAAGAUCCUCUUCAACUGCUGCAAACCCCUAGAGGUAGGCUAGUAAGGGUAAGGCUGUAUAAAAGAAAAGAAAAGAAACAAAAAAUGCGAACCCAAUGCAGAAAAGAUUCGAAACCCGUCGAUCAAAAUGAUAUAUUAUUAGGUGACGAGUAUGUGUGUUUGUGUGUACAGAAUACAGGAGCUGAGGUGCACCCGAGGAAAAAGCCAUUCUGUUGCGGCACGAGUUCAAGCGAGGUAACAGGCAUGAGACAACCAAACGACCACAAAUGUUUACCCACCAUUAAUUAAAUUGAACAUAUUUACAAAAUAAUAUAUUAUUGAACAACUUAUUCAUUACCACGUAAAUUGCCGACGAAAAUGAUCGGGAGCAAAAGAAAAGCUCGUUUGCGAAACGACCCAGUACAGUGGCAGUGAGUUUGGAACAGCAGUAACGGAACGCAGAAUAGUAUACCCCUACCGCGGAUAGUAUUCUUUCUUAUCCAUGUGUGUCGUGGCACUAGGGAUAAAGUUAUACACUACCCUGACACUAACCAACAAUCACAAAAAUACACUCAACAGACACACACACACACACACACACACAACACUCCUCUAAUUACUAUAUCGGUCAUCAGUCCAAUUUUUCGAACUCAAUCCUGUUUUGACACGUAGUCUGUAAUGUUCAGGCUUUAAAGGAGUGCACGCCAAAUAAUCCCCACGGGUCAAACGUUUGGUUCAUACAGUGCUACAAAAGAGAAGGCAACAAAGGAAGCAGAAAUAACAGGUACAGCAAAUAAACAACAAUAAAAAAAAACUCGUAGCAACCAUUGUACAACAAGGCGACAGACAUGCAACGUAAAACACAGACUUUUCACAAUCAAAUUGCAACAAACGGAACAAAACACAUACAGAAAAUCCAAACAAAAGAACAAAUAAAUUAAUGAACCUUCUCCUCCAUACUUUCAACAUACCAUCUACUAGCGCGUUAUAUAUGUGAAAGGGAGAGAGUGAGAGAGAGAGAGAGAGAGAGAGAGAGAGAGAGAGAGA